GGGCCGGGGAGCCGGGACGGGGCGGGGCGGGCGACGGCGAGCUGAGGGGGCGACAAGAUGGCGGCGGAGACCGUGGAGCUGCACAAGCUGAAGCUUGCUGAACUGAAACAGGAAUGUACAGCCCGUGGCCUGGAGGCAAAAGGAAACAAACAGGACCUCAUAAACAGACUCCAGGCAUACCUUGAGGAGCACGCUGAAGAAGAGGCUAAUGAAGAAGAUGUCUUGGGAGAAGAAACAGAGGAAGAAGAGCCGAAGCCAGUAGAACCUCCUGUCAAAGUAGAAGAGCCUCCUGUAAAAGAAGCUGAUGUGGGAGCAGAAAAGAAAGUGGUGAAGAUAACAUCUGAAAUAUCCCAGAUGGAGAGAAUGCAGAAAAGGGCUGAAAGAUUUAACGUGCCUGUAAGCUUGGAGAGCAAGAAGGCUGCGCGAGCAGCUCGGUUUGGUAUGUCCACAGUUUCAACAAAAGGUCUGUCUGCAGACAGCAAACCCACGGUGAACAUGGAUAAAUUAAAGGAGAGGGCCCAGAGAUUUGGGCUGAACGUCUCUUCGCUUUCCAAGAAGAGUGAGGAUGAUGAGAAGCUGAAGAAGAGGAAGGAAAGGUUUGGCAUUGUGACAAGUUCAGCCGGGACUGGAACCACAGAGGACACGGAGGCAAAGAAGAGGAAAAGAGCAGAGCGCUUUGGGAUUGUCUGAUGUCAGUCCACUUUAGCCUUUCCCUGUUUGCGGUGUGUCUCCUCUCUCUCUCUAUCUCCCCCCCCCCCCGUCUCAUGCACACCACAGACCUGUUCUCACACACACACCACUCACCUGUCUCUUAGGUCUGGUAAGGAGUACAAGCCGUUCCCUCAGGACCAUCCCUUAGAGAAUCCCCAGUAGCUGUUCAGUUGCACUGCUUGUUGUUUCCCAUUGUGAAGUUCGAGGGCAGCACAGGGCAGCACGCUCAACCCCCCCUCCCAUGCUCUCGGCGCCUGCUCCCCCAAGCCCUGGCUCUGUCCCCUCUGCUCAUGCAAGGUUCACAGCUGGAGCAAGGGGUCACCAGCUAUUCAUGCCCACUCUGCGCUGGCACAAAUGCCUGCCCACAGGGGAGGGGGAGGCGUCAGGUUCCUGCUGGUAAUGGAGACUCUUGCAGAAACUUGGGAUGAGAGAAGGACAGUGCCCCCAGAGCCAUGUGCUGCCCUCGCUGUCCUCUGGAGACCUACCCCCUGUACAGAGGGACAGGUUCUGCUGUUGAAGCAGGAACUCCCUGGGGCCUCCUUUUCCCCUUCCACAAUAGCUGCUCUUCUGGGUUGCCCAGAGCAAAGACGCCGUCCCUUCCUGCCUUCCUUGGGCCACGGCUAUUAUGUCACCGCUCAGUCAGGAAGUGCCUCCCAGGAGCCUGAACUAGGGGAAUCGAGUUGCGUUUCCCGGGUUCCUGCUGUGGUGGUCCCAGUUCCUGCUGUGGUGCUGGCCUGGGGAUGGCCCGUCCAGCAUAUGGCCUGGUAUCACCCAAAGGUUGGAGCUGUGAUUCUUGGCACACGUGGGCUUUCACCCAGCCGGGCGCUGGUGGCCUGUUCCCAGGGCUGACCCAGCAGGGAGCUGUGUCAGAACAGAAGCUGGUGAAUUCAGACCAACAUCCUGUGAACACCCCCACCAUUGGCCCCUGGCUCCCUGCCUCUCAGGGCUGCUCUGCAGCUCCUGGCCCUUCGUAUACAUUUUUAGGUUUCUUUUAAGGUCAGCAAUCCAUUUCUCUUCUCUUUGCCCCAUCCCCUUUCCAACAGCACCCAUGAAUUUUUGUCCUGCUCUGAUGCCCAGAAUCACGCCAUUAGGCUGACUGGCCCCUUGCGUGCUCCCACACCAGCCGGUAACGUUUGUCCUCGCUGCCCCAUGCCUCGUCCAGUGGGAAGGUGUCAGCAUCAUCCUGUCGGCACUAUUCCAGGAGAGGCUUCUGCAGCUGAGCUUCCUUCGGGCCCUUCGCUCUUCCGUUCUCCCAGCAGCAUUGCUUUGAGAGGGCUAACAUCAGGCCAGGGGCAGGAGCAAAAGGUAGCAGGGCAGCAACUGGGAAGCACCUUUUGUCCUGCCAGCAUCUCCAGUUGCACUUUCUGCCUGUGAGGACUGUUGGAUUUGAUGCCCCACGUGAGUGGAGCGACCGUCUGAGCAAGGAGAGUUCUUGGGUCUGUGCUUCAUGACCAUGCCCUGAUGCCCACAGCUGCCUGCUGCCAGCAAGUAGUCAUGUGGUCCUGCUCUUCUUGAUGAAACGCCCGGGCCCCUGCUGUAUCUUCCAUCUUGUGUUGCUUUUCCCCGCCAAGGGCUUCUAUCCCAGCCUCCCAGAGUAGCACAAGAGGCAGAUGGAUGCCUCUUGCAGCAGGGAUCCUGCCUCCUUGAGAUUUGCAGCGUGGGAUUUUUAAUUCUGACCUUCCUGUCUGCUUGGAAGAUGCGCCCGCAUUGCCUGCCUUCAGCUCCCUUCAGUGUCCAUGGACAGCAGCCUUGUACAGGAACGAGCGCGUUGGAACUUUCUACCCAAUUCUUACCGAGCAAUAUCUAUUUUGUGUUUAAAUGUAGAUGUCCCCUGCUCGCUUUCGCUUCGCUCCAUUCAUGCCCGCUCCUCCGUCCGCCUUCUGGGAGUCCACGCAGUGGCUCCGAGCUCUGUUGGCUCUCCCCGGGGGCGGCUUCCGAGUACUGACGUGGGUGUCUCAGGGUGUUGGUGGUUGAAUGACUUGGGGGGCCCCCUGCCCCUCCCGGGUUUAACGUUCACAACUCGAUUCUGAUUUUUUUUGUAGAUCGGAUUUUGUAACGUGUUUUUUCUAUACGACUCAUGACUUCUGCUGGCUACUUGCUUGAAAUGUUUUGUCAUGUGCCAGGUCAGAUUGCGUUUUGUUCUUGGUUUCAUAAUAAAACUGCUGCUUCCAGGCGA